CCGGGCGGGCCGGGCCCAUGGCCUUCAUUCGGAAGAGGCGGCAGGAACAGCAGCUCUACUCCAAGGAGAGGUUCUCCUUGUUGCUCCUUAAUCUCGAAGAAUACUACUUUGAACAGCAUACUGUGAAUCAUGUUCUGAAGAAAAAUGCCGCAGAUAGAAGGAAAGUCAGAGGAUCAUUGAAAAUCUGCUCAAAAUCUGUGAUAUUUGAACCUGAUGAAAUAAGCCAGCCCAUUAUUAAGAUACCUCUGAGAGACUGUAUUAAAAUAGAAGCACCCGAAGACAAUGGAAGUAACCCGUUUACAGGGGGAACUCCUGGAACAAUUUCUAUUACAUCAAAUCAGGCUUUUCUCACUAAAGAGCAAAACAUUAUUGCACCCUUUAAAACAGAAAGAGGUAAAAUGGAAUAUGUGUUUGAACUGGAUGUUCCUGGAAAGGUUGAAGAUGUUUUACAAACCCUUCACCAGUUGUAUAGAGCGUCUCAGCUGGACAAGCUGGGAGACCAGGCUGCUAUGAUAACUGCUAUAUUGCAAUCGCUUUUGGCCAGGGCAUCGUUUGACAAGAACAGAUUUCAGAAUGUUUCUGAAACAUUGCAUAUGGAAUGUAAAGCUGAAAUGGUUACUCCACUGGUGACUAACCCGGGGCAUGUAUGCAUCACUGACGCAAACUUGUAUUUCCAGCCUCUUAAUGGCUACCCUAAACCUGUAGUUCAAGUGACGCUGCACAGUGUCAGACGCAUCUAUAAAAGAAGACAUGGCCUGUUGCCAUUGGGUCUCGAAGUAUUUUGCACAGAGGAUGAUCUUUGCUCAGAUAUCUAUUUGAAGUUCUACCACACUAAAGAUCGAGAUGAUGUCUAUUUCUACGUGGCAACAUAUUUAGAGAAUCAUGUAGCAGAGCAAGCGGCAGAGAGUUACAUGUUACAAUGGCAACGAGGACGUAUUUCAAACUACCAGUACCUUCUCCAUCUCAACAAUCUGGCUGAUCGGAGCUGCAAUGACCUCUCUCAGUAUCCUGUAUUUCCUUGGAUUAUAGCAGAUUACUCUAGUUCAGAACUGGAUUUGAUGAAACCUGAAACUUUUCGAGACCUGAGUAAACCAAUCGGUGCCCUAAAUAAAGAGAGAUUAGAACGAUUAUUGGAGCGCUAUCGGGAAAUGCCAGAGCCAAAGUUUAUGUAUGGUAGCCACUACUCUUCCCCCGGUUAUGUCCUGUUUUAUCUUGUCAGAGUUGCACCAGAAUACAUGCUUUGCUUACAAAAUGGAAGGUUUGAUCACCCUGACAGAAUGUUCAACAGCAUUGCAGAAACCUGGAAGAACUGCUUGGAUGGGGCAACGGACUUCAAAGAGCUAAUUCCUGAAUUCUAUGAGAACGAUUCCAGUUUCCUAGUAAAUAAUCUGAAUCUGGACCUCGGCAGGACACAAGGAGGAAAGAUGGUUGAAAAUGUAGAACUUCCCCCGUGGGCGUCAGAUGUUGAUGACUUCCUUCAGAAGAGCCAAGAUGCUUUAGAAAGCCAAUACGUGUCAGAACAUCUGCAUGAAUGGAUUGACUUAGUGUUUGGUUACAAACAGAAGGGAGAUGAAGCUGUUGCAGCCUGUAACGUAUUUCAUCCAUUGACGUAUGAAGGAGGAGUUGAUUUGAACAGAAUUAUGGACCCAAGUGAAAGAGUAGCGCUGCUAACACAAAUCUUAGAAUUUGGACAGACUCCGAAACAGCUGUUUAUAACCCCUCACCCUCGGAGGAUAAUCCCCAAAUUCAAAAGCUUGUCUCGUGCAUCCAGCAGCAGCAUCUCUAUGACUGAGUUGCCAGUAUCCCCAGUUGAAGAGUCUUUUGAAGAUCUGACAGAAGAAAGUUUAACUCUUGCUUGGAACAACAUUACCAAAUUAAAGCCGGAUGAGCAACACAAGAUUCACAAAGGGGCAGUUACUGGAAUCGCAGUCUCUUCUAACAAGUCUUCCAUUUUUUCUACGUCUCACGAUUCAACCUUGAAGAUGUUUUCUGCAGAAUCAAAAAUGCUCCAGAGGAGUGUGUCCUUCUCAAGCAUGGCUUUGUCAUCCUGUUUAAUUCUUCCAGGGGAUACCACUGUAAUAUGUUCUUCGUGGGACAACAAUAUAUAUUUCUACUCAAUUGCCUUUGGAAGACGGCAGGACACCUUAAUGGGCCAUGAUGAUGCUGUCAGCAAAAUCUGCUGGCACGAUGAUCGCUUAUAUUCUGCAUCUUGGGAUUCCACUGUGAAAGUGUGGCACUGUGUUCCUGCAGAACUGUUGGGAACUAAGAAACAUUUUGAAUUGUUUGCUGAGUUGGAACAUGAUGUUAGUGUAAAUACAAUCCACUUGAAUGAUGCACAUACCCUGCUAGCAUCAGGAACCAAAGAAGGCACGAUUUGUAUCUGGGAUAUUACUACUGCUUCAAUAUUGCAUCAGCUUGCUUGCCAUACGGGGACUGUCUUUGAUGCUGCUUUUAGUCCUGAUAGCCGACACCUGCUAAGCACAGGAGAAGAUGGCUACUUCAAAGUGACAGAUGUACAAACUGGAAUGAUUAUCUCUUCCAUGGCUUCAGAGCAGCCGCAGAGAUGUUUCAAGUGGGAUGGCAACACUAUCUUAUCAGGAAGUCAAUCUGGAGAAUUGCUGGUUUGGGAUAUAGUUGGAGGGAAAAUAGUUGAAAGAAUUAAAGGCCAUACAGGUCCAGUGACAUCUAUGUGGAUGAAUGAGCAAUGUAACAGCAUUAUCACUGGAGGGGAAGAUAGACAAAUCAUGUUCUGGAAACAGGAGUACUAAGUGCCUUUUCUUGAAAUGUACAUGGGCUUCCAAUGUAUUUUAAACCAGAGUUUUAAAUGUAUCUUAUCCAUAUGUAUUCAAACCUGUAGAGGUUCAGACCAAGAGUGCUUGGUGCCUCUAGAUUAAGUUCUCUAAAUUAUUCAGUGUUGGCCUAUAAUAUGCCCUUGUAUUUCUGUAUAUCAUUGCAGCUUGAAAUGCUU